ACAAACGAGAAAUGCACACAUUUGCUCCUUGAUCGUAGGGAUGUGGGAUUUUGACCCUGUUGGGAUAUUUUUGGUCACAUCAGGUAGUAGAGGAGACCAGUUAUUGUUCAGAUAUCCUUUUGAAGCAGACGGCGGAGUUGGUUUAAAGGGAAAAUCGGCAUUUCACACAAACCCUUACGCUAUUAGAAUUGCAGAGGACCCAAAACCUAGGAAUUCCCCCCAGCCUUGCAUAAAGAAUGGAGUCCUUGUAGGUUAUUCCAAUGAACUUCUUGCCUAUUUACUGGCAGUCAAGUCUGAUCUGUGUGGACAGAAGUUUGAUCUGACAAUUGAUGAUGUCAGGUUUGUUGGCUACCCCGUCCUUCUUCAGAGGAUCUCACAGUCCACGCCGCGCCGUGAGCUCCCAACCAUGAUUUCCUUUCAUGUUGUGAUUGCAGUGAGAGCACAAGUCAAGAACUCAGUGGUGGCAGCUUACCAUGAACUGACCCAGAAGCUGGCCCUCUCCUUCCACCAUGAAGAACAGCGCUGUGGCUACCUGAACACACAGAAAAACCUGAUGCAAGGAAUACAGGAAGAGGUCACAACUCUGCCAGAGGAUUCUUAUGAGAACCCGUUCAAAUUAAUGGUAGCCAAGGGGAGCAAAUGCGAACUGUCUAAAGACCUCAAAGCUGUAUAUGACAAUCUGGGCAACUCUGGCAUUGUGAGUCUGUAUGUCAACAAGUGGAUAUAUGUCAGCUUUUGUUUACCUCACAAGGUGCACAACAUUUUACAGCCUGAGCUGAAAAUAGAGCCUGAAGCCAUUCAAAAGUGCAUUGAAGCUCUAAGGCCUUAUCACGGAUUACUUCUUAUGGUGCCAGAGAGACAGUUACUAGAAUCUUUACCUCCAGACUGCAGUCCAGCAAUGGUCAGGUUUAUAAAGGCUGUGUCUCCGUUGAAGCGGCUACAGACGCUGGCAGCAGAUGCUGAUCUGCCGCUUGGACAGGUGUUCCACCUGUCCAGUCAUCUUGUGUAUUGGGCNAUCAUGGGGCUCCCACAACAACUGGUAGGUUUAGGUGGGAGAACACAGGGAUAUCAUGGGGCUUCCGCAACAAUAGGUAGGUUUAGUGCUCUCUGGUUGUUUUACGCAGACAAAGUGAUGGUGUUGUUACAUGUCACCUUCCAGGCACAGCAAGUUCAAAUGGUGGUUUGGAUGCUUCAGAGACGUCUCCUCACACAGCUACACACUUACGUAUUUCUGGUGCUGACAUCUAGUGAGAAGAACCAGACCAUAUAUUAUCGUACUCACUCCACGUCCGUUUCAGAAGACAUGCCAUUUAUAUCAGAUACAGGAUCAGUUGUUUCAGGCACCAGUGACGGCAGUCCCAGAACCAGUUCUUUUGCUAAAUCCCCGUCAGAAAAUGCACGCGAGGAAAUCCUACGCAGACUCCCGCAGUCUCUGCACAUGAAUUCUGUGAACAGAGAAGCCAUCUGCGCUGUCCCUGCAGCUAAUAACUUAGAGGACUUGAAAAUGUUUGUUAGGUUGUGUCCAUAUUUUAAUGGCCAGUUUCACUUGGAGGAAAUCAUGUACCAUGAGAAUCUACGAAGGUCCCAGUUACUGACUCUGAUUGAUAAAUUCAGAAGUAUCCUUGUGACAUGUACUCAUCCUGACCCAGCAACCUCAUUUCAUGGUAAAUGAAACGGCUGAUAUCUGAUUGGUCUAUUUAGAUGACAGUGACAAUUUCCAAGGAAUGGAAAAAAGAAAUGAAUGAACAAAUGAGGAAUUCAGUGAGAAUGCACAAAAUUAGGAUUGAAAGUGCACAAAGUUGUGUUUGGUGCCUGCGUCUUUAUUUUCUGCCAUGGGACAGUGAACAGUGAAAUGAUGACAGAAGAAAUAGGCGCCAUACUAGUACUCAUAGAGUUAAAUUAGAAAAACUGCUGAACAAGGUUUUCAGGAGAGAAAUGGACAGCAACUUGAAAGAACAGAGCACUGGUGCUCACAUGACAAACAGAUUUUGAAUUGCCAUCAUGACAGAUAUUAAUUCAAAAUACAUUUCCUUGAUAUUAACUUUGUUUUAUUUACUUCAGUAUUAGUUACCAUUGCUGACCUAUGACUUCAGUUAAUUUCCAUCAUGGGCAUUGUUUACUGAUCAAACAGAUUAUAAUUGUUAAACAUUGAGUAGAUUAGGUGAUUAGAUCACAUUCAACAAUGGGCAGUCAUCAUUGACUUACACUCUAGUUUUCAGACAUAACUGAAACAAUACAGUUACUUACACAUAUAACUGUGCUGUGAUCAUGAAGAUUUUUUACAAGCUGCAAUAGUGUAAAACCACAUUGGUAAUCAUAAAUAAAAAAUAUUCAAGUUUUA